CUACGUGAAAAAAGUAUGUUCUUAACUCUGGUUGGUAUUCUGCUCCUAACAGAGAAAUUACAACCUUCAGUCUCCGAAAAUAUCACAAUAGAUGCCAUCGUUAACGGAUCUUCUAUUCCCGGACAAGGCUAUGUUUAUGUCUUAAAAAGAACUAUACAAAAUUCCACAAUUACAAGCCAAACUGUCAUGUGGGUUGCCUUUGACAAUUAUUCAACCAUUGCUACGAUCGCAAAAGUUGCAUGCAAAAUGGCGGGUUACAAAGGCCCUUCCUCUCCUUCAAUGCCUGGUUACUACGUACUGAACGGUUGGAGAUUGAUGAAUCGCAAUGAUCAAAGCAAUCUAAAUAUUUGGUCUUGUAAGGGAAACGAAGCUUCAUUGCUUCAAUGUGAUUUCAAUUACUCUCCAAAGUAUUUUCCAUUGCUGGUGAAUUGUUUACCACCGGAUGGUCCUAAGCAUUUACAUGGCAUUUCCUAUGACUUAUGGACACAGUCACGGCGCAUACCUACCGGAUUCUAUGAAUCUAGGUGGAAGCAUUCUACAUUGUUUCAAGAUAAGCCGUUAAGCUCUCACAUCCUGCAGCCAACAUUUGAUGUUAUGUCAAUGUAUAAGACCGUUUUUGGAAUAAAACUUUCUGCAUAUUUAAUGAUUAAACGUCCAGGGGAAUAUUCCAUUGGCGCUGCUUGCCGUCAUGGCUGUGAAGUAUGGUGGAAGAGAAUACAAGAACCAGGCCUUGAUGAUUAUGGGACAUCUGGAGAUAUGAUUAUUAAACUGGCAUUAACCUUACAACGUAAUGAGUACGAAAGGAGUACCAGGCAAAACAGAGUAAUGAUUAUGACUUGUCAUCUGUACCAUCUGGAGGUUUACACUAGAUUUUUAAAUGAGCAUUAUAAUAAUCGAUCAUUUGCAAACAUUGCAAUAAAGUCUUAUGGUGAUCUUAGUUGGUCUCCUAUACCAACUGAAUUAUUGUAUUGGAGAAAGCCCGGGUCAAGGGAACUUCAUUUUAAUUUGAACAAAAAUAUCCCUCCUCACUUAAGUCUUGGCUCAAACUUUGUGAUAAAAGCUUUGUACAAGUUUUGCUGUGUAGGGCUGCGAUGUCAAACCUGUCCUUUGACUCUCAAUCUUCACGCCCUCGAACAGAAAAUAUUGGUGAACAGGAGCUUACAGAUGGAUUGUAGGGAAUACUUUUUCAAUUACUCCAUUGAUGUUAUACAACAGCCAAAGAACUACUCUAUAGAGAUAAGCUACUAUCUAAAUGGAGAUGAACGGUCCACAAGGAAGAGAACAUUAGGAACGACCCAAGUUUCUGAAUCUACACUUUACAGCUGUACACUUAUGGAUUCUCGUCACCAUGGUUGUGUUGCUGAAUGGACGGUACAGCCCCACAUCGGAUAUCUUAAUAAGAGUUUAAACAACGCCCCAAAUGUGAAAGAUUGUCCAAAAUCAUGCUUCUGCUAUGGUGCUGAGUAUGAGUCACCACAUUUUCCAUGGAAAGACGCUUUCAGAAAUAUUAGUCUUUGUGUAAGGUUUGCAUAUCGCCUUCCAUCACAAGGCUUAUCGCGACUUGACGUGUACGUUCAUAUGGGAAGCAAAGAUCAGCACAUAUGGUCAGCCCAAGGAUAUCAAGGAGAGGUUUGGAAAAACGGCAGUAUUCCUAUUGUUCGAAUCAAAGAAAAAUUCAAGAUCUUAUUCAACAUUUCGUCUAAUGUAAACAUAACUACCUGUGGGAUUCGAGACUUCAGACUAUCAUCGUCAGAAUGUGAUCUUCUGCCAAAGCAUGCGGAGCCUGGAUAUCGAUGUGCAGAUUCACAAUAUCAAUGUAACAAUGGAAUAUGUAUUGACAAAUAUAAAAGAUGUGAUGGGGUCAAAGACGAUUGUAUCGAUGGUUCAGAUGAGGAUCGCUGUCCUUGUCUAACUAAUCAAUUUACGUGCUUCGAUGGAUCGUGCGUGGACGUCUCUAAACUUUGCAAUGCAAAAUUAAACUGCGAAAGUGAAGAUGAAAUGCGGUGUGAUGACGAGCAUGCGGACUGCCCUGUGCACCAAUGCAUCGAUGGAAGCUGUCCAUCGCCUUUAUUACCAUGUGAAGAUAUGGAGUUUAACAUUUCGGAAUGCUGGAACUCCAAUAAAUACCACACAAAUAUUUGCAGGGAACAGAAUGAUCAUUGUAAGACAACAAAAGGUAUCUGCGGGUUCGAUGCUGGACCUUGCGGAAUGGAAAACGAUGGAUGGAGGUACAACUUACCGACUAACAAAAACUACAAAAGCUUUGAUCAUUCUUUUUUAAAGCAGCUACUACAUUGCACGUCCAAAAAACAACCAAUCUACAGUUAG